AUGGGUCGUUUCUUGACUUUGCUCUCUACCCUUCACACCAUGGCCGGGCCAGGGGUUAUGCUUCUCUACCCGCUGUAUGCAUCAGUUGUGGCAAUAGAAAGCACUUCGAAAUUAGACGACGAACAGUGGCUGGCUUAUUGGAUUUUGUACUCAUUUCUUACUCUAAUGGAGAUGCUUCUUCAGCCUGUGUUGGAAUGGGUGCCCAUAUGGUACGAUGUGAAGCUAGUGUUUGUGGCGUGGUUGGUUCUGCCACAGUUCAGAGGGGCUGCCUUUAUUUAUGAGAAAUUUGUUAGAGAGAAAGUGAUAAAGAGGUACGGAGGAGCACAUUUCAACAAAUCCCCCAAUGGGAAGGGGAAGAAAGACAAAUUAGUCGAUUUUGUCUCUGCUAAGAAGGUGGAGCAAGAAGCUUACUAG